AUGAAUCAUCCACCCAUCCCUCAAAAUGAAUCUUUCAUAUUUUAUGGAGAAGUUGUUGAACUCAUGUUGCCAGAUACAAUUCAGUGGAAUAUAACCCUUCCGGAUCAGUUAUUUGAUGAUGUUACUUCAAGAAGAAUACAAUCUCUUUUCAUUAAUAAGACUAAGAAGGAUGUCAUAAUCUGGAUGCCUGCUAAAUACGGCAAGUUCUUAGUUAAAGCACAUGCUGACUAUGGAGUACUGAACCCUAAAACUUCAAUGCAUAAGAUUCAAUACUAUUUAGCUCCACAUCUGCAUGAAACUGCAUAUAUUUUAGGCACUCAGUAUACUGAUAAUCAUUUACAUUGGAAAACACCUUUGUGUGGAACUAUGAAAAUUAAUGUUGAUGCUUCUUUUGAUCUUGAUACUAAUCAACUUGGUAUUGGUUUUGUUUUGCGAGACCAUGCAGGUACGUGCAAUGGAAUCAAAGGGAGUUACGCAAAUGGAGCAUUAAGUGCAGAGGCUGGAGAGUGUAUGGCAGUACGGGAGUCUCUAUCUUGGGAAAGGGAAAAGCAGUUGGACAAUAUUCAUAUUGAAGCCGACUCAAAGCUUGUCAUACAAUCUAUGGAAGUACCUUGCUAG